AUGGCAAAAACAAAUGAAACACAAGUUAAUAACUUUAUUCUUUUGGGGUUGUCAGAUCAUCUACAGUCAUCACUUUUUGUAUUUUUUUUCUUUAUUUAUGUGUUUACAUUGAUGGGGAACAUUCUAAUUAUUUUUACUGUGACAUGGGCACCUCAGCUACAUUCCCCCAUGUAUUUUUUUUUGAGAAACUUGUCCCUCACAGAAAUCUUCUAUAUCUCUGUGACAGUACCACGUAUGCUCAGAGACUUUUUACAUCAAGAUAAACAUAUUUCUUUCUUUGGGUGUGCUGGGCAACUUUAUUUCUUUUGUUUUCUUGGUACCACAGAAUGCUUCCUUCUUGCUUUCAUGGCAUAUGACCGAUAUGCGGCCAUUUGCCAUCCUCUCCACUAUGUGACAAAAAUGAGUAAAACAAAGUGCCUAAUGUUUUCAUUGGGAUCAUGGAUGGCUGGAAUGAUUUUAUCUUUGGGUCAAAUUUCCUUUGUUUUCAGUUUACCAUUUUGUAAAUCCAAUAUUAUUGACCACUUUUUCUGUGAUAUUCUUCCAGUAGUAAAACUGGCCUGUUCUGACACAUUUGCUAAUGAACUCGCUAUUCUGAUAUAUAGCUCAUUUGUCAUUCCUUUCCCUUUUCUUCUCAUUGUGGUUUCCUAUGUCCGUAUUCUUAUUUCUGUAAUGAGAAUACGUUCUGCAGCUGGGCGCACAAAAACAUUCUCCACCUGCGGCUCUCAUCUUACAUCUGUCAGCUUGUUCUAUGGAACAGCCACUAUAACAUAUCUAAGGACAAAAUCUAAUGACACACCUAGAUGGUCAAAAGUGUUUUCACUUCUUUACAUUGUGUUCAUACCAAUGCUCAAUCCCUUGAUAUAUAGCUUAAGGAAUAAGGAGAUGAAAAAAGCCAUGAAGAUGCUUUUACACAAAUAA